AUGACUUAUGAUUUAGGAUUUGUUGUGGUAAUAGUAAGAUCUGACAUAGCUACUGGUGUACGGGGAAGAAAAACGUUCGUCAUACUUGGAUGUGAAAGAGGGGGAAAAUAUAGGAAAUACAAAGCUGAUGCAGUGGCUAGUGUAUACGGCACUCGUAAAUGUGAAUGUCCGUUUAGAUUAAAGGGUAAACCAUGUUCAGAUGGGGCCGGAUGGGUGUUGAAGGUGAUGUGUGGACAUCACAACCAUGAGUUGGCUGAAACUUUAGUUGGCCACCCUUAUGCUGGCAGGUUAAAUACGAGUGAGAAGUCAUUACUGGUUGAUAUGACAAAGAGGUUGACCUUCUCAGCAGCAUUUGCUUUCUUGUCUACUGAAAGGCAGAGUAAUUUCACAUGGGCUUUGGAAAAGCUAAAAGGUUUAUUUUUAACAUCUGAGGGUGGUCCUAAAGUCAUUGUCACUGACCGAGACUUGGCUUUGAUGAAUGCCAUAGCAAAUGUAUUCCCUGAGUCAUAUCAGAUGUUAUGUCGGUUCCACAUCCUUAAAAAUGUUAAAGCUAAAUGCAAAAUGUUAGUUCAUUCUACUGAGGUUUGGGAAGUGUUGAUGGAUGCAUGGGAAAAUGUGAUGGAUUGUGCUGAUGAAAGCUUGUUUGCUGAGUAUGUGAAUGGUUUUCAAUAUGCAAGCAGUUCAUGGCCUCUGUUCUUUGAAUAUGUCAAUCAAAAUUGGAUUAUUCCGUACAGCACAUACUUUGUAAAGUUCUGGACGAACAAAGUAAUGCAUUUAGGGAACACAACCACAAAUAGGGCUGAAUCUGCUCAUUGGAGCCUGAAGAAAGUUCUGGGCAAUAGUAUGGGUGAUUUGUGUUCUUGUUGGGAUAAUAUUCAUAACGUCAUUAUCCUACAACACAACAAGAUUAAGGCGUCAUUUGAAAGUAGUUUGUUGCUCACGAGUGACCAUUUUAAAGGCUACAUAUAUAGAGAACUUAUUGGACGUGUGUCUCGAUAUGCAUUGGAUCUCAUUGCUCAGGAAUUGAAAAUAGUGCAACAGAUAGGAUUGAACUCCUCAAAGUGUGGAUGCGUAUUGAGACGUACAUUUGGUGUCCCGUGUGCAUGUGAAUUAGCACGAUAUGAUCCUAGGAUGAUCCCUAUAGGUGAAUUUCAUAUCAUGUGGCGAAGAUUGCAUUUCUCAAAUGUUGAAUUAAAUGAAACUGAGCCUCAGUUAUCCAUUAAAGAUGAGUUGAAACAAGUAGAAGAACGAUUCAAUGAGGCUGACGUUGGCGGUAAAGUCACCAUCAAGCAGAAGUUACUUGAGAUUGUUUGUCCUACAUUAACAUCAAUGGUCCCUCCAUUACAUAAAGUCAAGACAAAGGGUGCACAAAAAAGUAAAGUUAAACGAAAUGAAAGGUCUACUACGCGGGAUCCAUCAUAUUUUGAGUAUGUGGACGCCUUUCAUUCAACCAUAGAAUCUUCAUCUAUGAGAAGUAAAUUACAAUCAAAUCCAAAACCAAUGAAGAAAAGGAGAGUUCCAAUGAUAGACCAGUUUCAUUCUACUACUCACCCCUUCAUUGUGGACGUUGUUGAUGUUGUGGCUGAUGGUCACUGUGAGUAUAAAUGCAUUGUUGCGUUGUUGGGACUCGGAGAAGAUUCAUGGCCCGUUAUCAGCAAUGAGUUGUACAAAGAACUCAGUGCAUGGCGUGAUGAAUAUGCAAGCCUAGUAGGAGGCUAUGAUAGACUAGAAGAACUGAGGAACUCUUUGUUGGUGCAAUCACUGUCGGCGGCUAACAUGAACAAGUGGAUGGCAUUACCAGACAUUGGUUAUGCAAUUUCUAACCGAUAUAACGUUAUCUUAGUGUGUUUGUCAUACUCUCAAAAUUAUACUAUCUUCCCACUACGUUCCACAUCACCUUCUGAUAUAACUCAACAUCGCUUAAUUUGUAUAGGACAUGUUCAUGGAUGUCAUUUUGUGCAGGUUAAGCUACAAGAAGGUUGUCCGUUGCCCAUGGUGAAUAUCAUGUCCUCAACCCACUGUUAUCCUGAGGCACGAGCGUGGUCAUCUAUUUAUACUAGUAGGAUGCACGCAUUUGAACAGUUGAUGGACAUAACAACAUCUUAUGUUGACUUAGGUGAUUCGUGA